AUGAGUUCGCCGUGGAAAGAAGAACAAGAAGCGACGUUUCGCACCAGUACACCUCUGGACCCCGAAGCGUUCGCCGAAGACCUCCGACUAUUUAAUCGCUCCCCCCAUCCAUACCACAGAAGUCGACGCCUCGGAUCAUGCACUCCCUCCGACGGCGACCGUCUCCACCCGCUCUCCUCCUACUCCAGGUCCUCACGAACAACCAGCGACAGUGGCACAGAGGCAGACGAUGAAAGCACCGGUAUUCUAAGGGGAUUACCUGCCCCGCCCCUCCGUCCUCGAAAAGGCCUACGGUCUGGUGGGGUGGGUCUCACUGAGGUCGAUGACUGGCUGCCAAGUCUGCAACCGUGGCCGUCAUUUGUGCGGCCUAUUUUGCGGACGUCGCGGCGGAGCUCGGAGGAAGAACUUGAGGAAGAGGCCUUUGAGGAGAGACUGAGGUUCAGGCGCCAGAGACGGGUGGAGGUUCUCCGGCGGUUGUUGGAGGCUGCGCUUUUGUUGUCUGUGGGUGGCGUGGUCUUGUACCAAGACCGGGCGCGCUCCUUAGCUUGGGAAUGGAGAAAGGAGCUUGCUGCUCAUGCCCUCGUGGUCUUGGGUCUCUAUGCCAGCUAUCCGCUCGCUGUUCGAGCAUCGCAAGGCCGAAGCUGGCGCAUCUGGCGCAUCUGGUCCACGAAACGGACAUACUUCUCAAUACCCGCGAGCUUCGAUCCGGCCCCCCUUCUCUAUCCGAUUCUUAUCCCCAUCUUCGUCUCGUUAUCGCUGUCCAACCAUCUCCCGCCACUUAUCAUGCCUAAUAUCAUCCUCAGCCUCUCCUCUUUACCAACGCCUGUUAUACCGUUCCAGAACCGGGCGAAUGGAUUUGAUAACCUCCAUUGGAUGGUCUCUAUGAUUCCCAUCCUCGUUUCCGAACAUUUCUCCUCGGACCAUACUGUACCCAAACCAUUGACGCUUCGCGGGCUCGACGCAGAGUCUUUAAUACUUCUUUUCCCUUUGCAUCAAGCGUUGAUACCCACUUUAGACUUUUUGUUGACGACCAGCAUUCUUCCCGCUGAGCUGCAGCUUUUGACAACUGCUUUGAUCAACUUGUACUUGUUUGCGGCCUCUCCCCAGAUGGAGAUACUCAAAGCCUUGUUAUGGCUUGGAGGCAUGUGUUUGUUUGCUUCUUGUCGACAUAUACUGCGUUGGGAGGUUUCUUUGGCUAGAAUUCCCAGCUGGAAAUUCCGCCGCGCCCCACAUGGCGCGCAAUCUCCCCGCAAAUUCUUGAACAUGAUGGACCAUCGAAUUUGUGAGAAGUUGAGUAGAACGGCGCACGUUCCAUCGGACGAUGCUACAUCGGACAGCGAUGGCCCUAAUGGCUUCAUGUUUUCAAGGCCGCGCAAGACGAAGACCAUGCAGGAUAAUCGCUCUUUCCGCCCAUCGGCAGAGCCGACAUCUGCAGUCGACCAGGUCACGACGGAGGCGAUUUUCGAGAAGCAUGCUCGUAUUGUGCAUCGACGACGCCAUACCAUAUCUACAUUCGACGAAGUCGUUCGAGAGGAACGUGUCCACACCACCCCCGGUGGUAGACGCAAGAAAAUGAUGGGUCCUGGCCUGGCCUCCUUCCUCUCGCUCACUUCAGCCCAGGCACAGGUCCGAAAAUGGUUGUACGCAUUUUACGUGUAUGUUCUGUCGCUGAUUAUCAUUCUUGGGCCUAUUCGAAAAUACGUAGCAGAGCACGCACUACAAGGCCAGGAUCCGUUCGGUUGGGCUAUCGGCUACCUGCUGGGAAACUUCUCGAAAAUUCGCUUUUGGGUGCUUAUGUUGAACCUUGAAUACUGGAUCGAACUGCCACCCCGCCCUGAUGCAGAUAAUCUGAGUGCCUCCUGCUUCCUUGGGUCGGUCGAACAUAUUCGCCAGGCUACUUUUGGAGCUGCCGUGACCCGUCUACUACUCAGUGGAUACUGCGCGUUGGUACUACUGACAGGCCUGGCUAUUGUGGUUAAGCUCAGCUCUGUUGCCGAGGUUGAUACGCGCCGCAAGAUUUUCCACGGCAUGAUGGUGGUUAUGUUCCUUCCCGCGAUUUUUGUGGAUCCAGCCUUCUGCGCCAUGGCGCUAGCCUUGGUCCUCUCCAUAUUCCUUCUACUUGACCUAUUCCGCGCAUCUCAACUACCUCCAAUUUCGCGACCGCUUACCUACUUUCUGGCCCCGUAUGUUGACGGCCGUGAUCACCGUGGCCCGGUCAUCAUCUCGCAUAUCUUCUUGCUAAUUGGAUGUUCGAUACCCCUUUGGCUGUCGCUUUCCGAUCUCCCUCGGACUGGCCUGGGCCCCUGGGCCGGUUGGGAGGUACCGUCACGGGAUGUAAGCAUGGCCAGCGGAGUUAUCUGUGUUGGCAUGGGCGACGCGGCUGCAUCCCUCAUUGGCCGACGGUACGGCCGGCUGAAAUGGUUCUGGGGAGGCGGCAAAUCACUUGAAGGCAGCAUUGCUUUCGUUGUAGCUGUCACCUGCGGGCUGAUCGCGGUUCGUGCCUGGUUGGUGCUCGGUGGCUGGCCCGUGUCUGGGCUCGAAUCGGCUGCAGUGACAGCUUUCUCCGCUCACUUCUGGGCCUGGACUUUGCUCAAGGCGGUUCUGGCGGCAGCCGGAACGAGCGCCACCGAAGCAAUCCUUACCGGUUGUAAUGACAAUGUCGUGGUCCCAGUGGUGUUAUGGCUGCUGGUGCGGGGUCUUGGCGUCUGA